GUUAAUGACCUUUGUUCCCUCACAGACGGGAGUGCACGGUGUGCAACAGACGCUUCACGAGCCAACUGCUUUUGCUUCCCAAAGUCGAAAAGUAACGUGUCUCGCUCGCUUGGAGGACUUAACUUGAGUCGAGUCGAGUCACUCGAGUCACUCGACCGUCCAGGACAUACUAACCCUAACGCUGAUGUUACUUCGUUACUAAAAUUUUUGGGUGGCCUCCAAAACCACAGGCAACAGCCUCUGCAACACCGCUCUCAGCGCCAUCGUCUGUGCCUUGGUAUCAUCUUGACGUUGUCUUCUGCUGCUUCCACCUUCGCCUCCUUUAUCAUCGAGACUGUAGCAAGAUGGGUGUCCGAACCAAGACUAUCAAGAAGAGUGCUCGCACUAUCGUCGAGAAAUAUUACACCCGAUUGACUUUGGACUUCCACACCAACAAGAGGAUCAUUGAUGAGGUUGCCAUUCUUCCCAGUAAGCGUGUGCGCAACAAGAUUGCUGGAUACACAACACACUUGAUGCGCCGAAUUGCUAAGGGACCCGUCCGAGGUAUUUCCCUGAAACUGCAAGAAGAAGAAAGAGAGCGUCGUUUGGACUUUGUCCCCGAAGUCUCUGCUUUGGAACAGGAAACUAUCCAGAUUGAUCCUGAUACUCGGGACCUGUUGGCCUCUUUGGGAUUUGGAGAUAUUGAUGGAGUAGCAGUCAACACUUCACACCGUGAUUAGAUCCACACAAUCAUAACAAUAGCACAGAAUUAGGAGCAAAGGAAAGUAGUUUCCUCGUGCGGUAGGCAGUUAUCUGCUUGUCUUUCAUUACGCUGGGUUAUGUUCCAGGAGGUGUUCUUCUACGUACCGGUAACGGUACAGUGGCAGCAGGACAAAUAAUAGUUCAUUCUAACAGUCGCCUAGAUCAUUAUCCCUUUCGCCCCAUACAUCUCAAGUUUCUGGAAGAGAGGCCAGGGUUGGGAAGAACGACAGCAUGCUACCCACACUGUCUAGAUAGUUGGACUACGACAGUCAGGUCUGUCCUACCGUUUUGCCUUACUCGUCCAGGUUCAUCGUGGGAUCAUGCUCAGGGAAGUUUGCAACGUCGUCCCCAGCU